CGCCGCCGAGGGCAGACACGGGCCGGACAGCGUGCUGUUCGCUCUUGAGACGUUCCGGUGAGGUCUGGAGGAGCCCUGUGCAGGGAGCUUCGCCCAGGAGGGUGUCAGCUUGUGACGGGUCCCGGCCAGUCGUGGCUGGGCUUCCCGGAUCUGUCCGUGCAGAGGAGGAGAGGAGUGCGUGUCCUUUGGUCCCUGGCAUGUUGCUCAAGGCCUUCUUCCCCACAUGCUGCAGCUCAGUGGACAGCGGCCUGCUGGUGGGCCGGUGGGUCCCAGAGCAGAGCAGCGCCGUGGUCCUGGCUGUGUUGCACUUUCCCUUCAUCCCUGCCCAGGUCAAGGAGCUCCUGGUGCAGGUGCAGAGGGCCAGCCGGGUAGACGUGGCCGUGCUGGGCACCUGGUGCCACAGCCAGCAGGAGCCCGAGGAGCCCCUGGGCCACUUCCUGGAGGGCUUGGGUACCAUCUUCCCCCACGAUCCCUGGCUGCAGCUGUGCCGGGAGAGGGGCAGCAACUCCUGGAGCUGUAAGGUAUCCUGCCAGCAGGCACCUGCGGCACUGGGGGUCCCGUGUGAGGACCAAGUCAUGCUCAUCUUUUACGACCAGCGCAAAGUGCUGCUGUCCCGACUGCACCCGUCUGCGGUCCUGCCUGACCACCAGGCUGGGGACGCCCCGGCCAGCACCAGGGGCCUGGCUGCUGUCUUUGACACAGUGGCACGCAGCAAGGAGCUCUUCCGCAGCAACCAGUUCAACGAGGGCCCCGUGCGGCUGAGCCACUGGCAGUCGGAGGGCGUGGAGGCCAGCAUCCUUGUGGAGCUGGCAAAGUGGGCCUCAGGGCCUGUCUGCCUGCUGCUGGCCUGCCUGUUGUCACUGGUUUCAGCUGCCAGCACCUGCCGGGUGUUCAAGCUGUGGCCCCUGUCCUUCAUCGGGAGCAAACUGUCCACCUGCGAGCAGCUCCGCCACCGGCUGGAGCACCUCACAUUUGUCUUCAGCACCCAGAAGGCCGAGAGCCCUGCCCAGCUGAUGAGGAAGGCCAACAUGCUCGUCUCUGUGCUCCUUGAUGUGGCCCUUGGCCUCUCGCUGCUGUCCUGGCUCCACAGGAAGAACCGAAUUGGGCAGCUGGCUGAUGCCCUCGUCCCCGUGGCUGACCGUGCCCCUCCCGUGUCCUUGCAGCACGUGGCCGAGGAGCUCCAGCAUCUGCUGCAGUGGCUGAUGGGGGCGCCCGCUGGGCUCAAGAUGAACCGGGCACUGGACCAGGUGCUGGGCCGCUUCUUCCUGUACCACAUUCACCUGUGGAUCAGCUACAUCCAUCUCAUGUCCCCCUUCAUCGAGUGCAUCUUGUGGCAUGUGGGCCUCUCGGCCUGCCUGGGCCUGACCGUCGCCCUAUCCAUCCUGUCUGACAUCAUUGCACUCCUCACCUUCCACAUCUACUGCUUCUACGUCUACGGUGCCAGGCUGUAUUGCCUGAAGAUCUAUGGCCUGUCCUCACUCUGGCGUCUGUUCCGGGGGAAGAAGUGGAAUGUUCUGCGCCAGCGGGUGGACUCCUGCUCCUAUGACCUGGACCAGCUGUUCAUUGGGACUCUGCUCUUCACCAUCCUGCUGUUCCUCCUGCCCACCACAGCCCUGUACUACCUAGUGUUCACCCUGCUCCGGCUCCUGGUGAUCACUGUGCAAGGCCUGAUCCAUCUGCUCGUGGAGCUCAUCAACUCCCUUCCGCUGUACUCGCUCGGUCUUCGGCUCUGCCGGCCCUACAGACUGGCGGCUGGCGUCAAGUUCUGCAUCCUCAAGCAUGAGGCUGGCAGGCCCCUCCGUCUCCUGAUGCAGAUAAACCCCCUUCCCUACACCCGCGUGGUGCACACCUACCGCCUCCCCAGCUGUGGCUGCCAUCCUAAGCACUCCUGGGGUUCCCUGUGCCGCAAGCUGUUCUUCGGGGAGCUCAUCUACCCCUGGAGGCAGAGAGGGGACAAGCAGGACUGAGGAGCCCAACCCACCACACAGCCACAGCCAGCCGUCUGUUCUGCCAGAGGGCUCUGACUGGGGGCAGUGCACAUCCGUGUAGCAGCCAGUGGCUCCUGAGUGUGGACGGCCCCGCUCUUGCCUUCCCUCCCUGGCUCUCUGGGGCCUCUGCAAACCCUGUCAGGGCCCUGCCGGUCACACCUGCUCCUGGCUCACGGGUCAUGGGGGGCUGAACAGGGGGCACAGGGGACAGUCAGCCAGUCACCAGCACCACCUGCCUUGGAACCCGCCUCCCGGUCUGCCCCCUCCUAUUACCCAGACCCCGGGAGGGUCCCUGUGUUUGGGCUGGUGGUCUCCCUGGCCUCAUCUGUCGGAUGUGGGUAGAGGGGCCCCUUCCAGGAUACUCUCCUGGGUCCCUAAUGACCUCCAGCUGCCUCAGUGGAGUGGUGGCUCCCAAUCUGAGGGACUGAGCAGCUGCUGGCCUGUCCCCAGCCCCGUGAGCCAGGUGGCAGGGCCCACACACCCUGUGCCUGGGGUUUGCCUGUCAGUGCUCCACAGAGAGACUGCUUUGUGAAGGAGCCACCAGCAGAUCCCUUUGAAGCCAGGCCAUGUGGCUGCCCCAUUCCUGGCUGGAAUGCCUGUGGGAACAGGGCCUGUGGCCAAAUCUUCCACAUCCCUCACUGGCUUCUAACAGGAGGCGGCAGCCCCUCCUGAGUAGAUGCUGCUGCAGCUGUGGGCAUGAGUGUCCCCUGGGAGGUGGUCUUUGCACUCAGGCUGCCUGCCUGCUGGACUCAGCAGGACUGGGUGUGCCCAUGGGAGCCCAGGGCCCUGGGGAAGGGACCUGAAGGUGCCAGAGGGUGUGGAAAUGUCUGUGGUGCCGGCAGAAGGAGGCAAUGAGCCCUGUCCAUUUCUCGGGCCUCAGUACUGUCCACCACCCGCACUCCUUUGCAGCAGGCCACAGCGACUCAGCAGGGGUGGCGGGUAGGGAGUAGCGAGUCCUGGCCCCGCCCUCAUGGCUGUGACAAUAAAACCUCCAGUGUG